AGGCACUUGUAAAGGGUAUUUCAAGUGAUUUCACAAAGUUGGAAAAGUCGCCGGAGUUGUCGCCGGAGUUGACCAAAAGUCGCCGGAGUUUCACCGGAGUUCAACCAAGAAGGGUGGAACUUCAUAACACUAGUUCAAGGUUGAAGCUAGGGCUUGCUACUUGCACCUUCUCACGGGUGGUAUCAAAUCAGGAAGACGUGGUUCGUGCUUCCUUAUUUUCUUUCAAACUACCGAACACUUGCUCAUGGAUAUUUGUUCUACUAUAAACUAUUUUUGGGGCUUGCAUGCCCAUGUUGUUGGCCGGUUGUGGCCUAUGACUUACCGUUGAAUAUUUUCCGCUAUUCAUUGGUUUAAAUGUGAUGUUGUUAUGUAUGUUUACUACUGAGUAUGGAUGGAUUGUUUUCUCGAACGCCUUGUGUAAUUGAGUGAGGUUGACUCGUGGGUGACGUCACUUAGUUAUACGGCGGUUGUACACGCGCUUGGAUUGCGGUCUGGGGCGUGACACUCAGACCUGAGCAAGAAGAGCAGGGGCUUCGACCGUGACAAAGUCUUUGAUGGAAGAUAUUGUUAAUUCGUAUAAGAGGAUGUCGAUUGAGGAACAAGUGAACGAGCUUAACUUCGACGAGGAGGUGGAAGAGGGAGGGGAGGAGGCGAACGAACCACAGGUCUUCCCGGUGGUUGGGGUUGUCGUCUCGGACCGAACGGUCAAAUUGUCGGGUUUCCAAGAAUUGAUGGCUUCUAUCUGGCGUCUAGGGAGAGGUAUGACUAUCAAGGAGAUUGGAGAAAAAAAGGUAUCUGCUUAAUUUUAAUCAUGUUUUGGAUAUGAAUCGUGUGCUUGAAGAUGGCCCUUGGCUUUUUGAACGUGAUUUAAUCCUAUUGAAAGCUGUUCAGCCAGAUGACAUCCCUGAAACAAUGACUUUAUUUAAGGCUAGUUUUUUGGUACAGGUUCAUAAUGCCCCUAUUAAAUUUAGAAAUUUGGGUUCUACGACCAGGAAAACUGGUAAUUUUUUAGGCUCUUUUAUUAAAUUUGAGAUGAGCCAAUUUGAAGGUAAACAAAGCUCUUAUUCGUAUAUAAGGGUGUGCUUGGAUGUUCGCAGGCCUUUAAAAAAGGGCACUACUUUAACAAAAAAUGUGGUUCAGCAUUGGGUGGAUUUUAAAUAUGAAAAACUACUCAGCUUUUGCUUUUUGUGUGGUAUAAUUGGACAUUCUGAUAAAUUCUGUCCUUUAAAGUAUGAAGAAGGCUUUGUAGUUGAAAAGUCUUUUAGGAUGGAACUCGGUGCAGGGGGGUGAAGACGAGCCCAACAGGACCCAAUAAGUGGCUAUCUAAUACAGCCUCGAGUUCAGGAGGAUACAGAUAUCAGAUGAAGGCUUAUCUCGGGGGAGAAUUUUCGGCUGAGUCAAAGGCCAAUAUGCAAUAGAACGAGAUAGAAGAUAGGGAAGAAACUCCUGGAGAUACAAAGCGAAGGAGAAUCUGGGAUAAUCAGGCCAAAGGAGACAUAGCGGGUGAAGGAAUGGCUCUGGAUGGGCCAAAAAAUGGGGAAGCGGCGAGUCAGCUGCCUUAGACCCGCCGAGAUUUUAUUGGAUGGUGCUGGCAAGGAAGACUAGUGGCGGUGUUAUCUUUAUUUUCUGUUUUGUUUGCUUUUAUUUUGGAGACUAUGUUCUGUUUUGCUCUUAUUCUUAUGUUAUUUUGCUUUGUAAGACUCUUGCAUUAGGUUUGGGGAUGAAAGAUCUACGGUAACCGUCAUUGGCUUUAAGUUGCCCAAUUCAGGUCUAGCAAGUUAUACUGCUUUUUUACAGGUGGUUAACUCUCAGUCUCGGCCACGAGCGGAUGGUUAUUUGUGGUUCUUUUAUUAUCCUGUACCCCUGCUGAAUGCUAUUAUUAUUAUGAAUUAA